AUGCAAGAUGACGAUGAUAAAAUAAAAAAUGCAGAAGAAAAGAAUGGCAUACUUGGAUGGAUAGAGUACAGGCUGCCUAUAUUUUCUUUUCUAAAACAUAUUGCUUCUUAUCAAGUACCAAAAAACUUAAAUUACGCCUGGAAUUUUGGCUCUUUGGCUGGUAUAGCACUGAUUUUACAGAUAAUCACGGGUAUAGUUCUUGCUAUGCACUAUACUCCACAUGUUGACCACGCUUUUAAUAGCGUAGAACGUAUAAUGCGCGACGUAAGUUAUGGGUGGUUGAUACGUUAUACUCAUGCUGUAGGAGCAUCGCUUUUUUUCAUAGUAGUGUAUGCUCACAUAAUGCGAGGUCUCUAUUAUGGAUCUUAUAAAAAACCAAGGGAGAUGGUGUGGUUUGUCGGUAUAUUCAUAUUUUUUGCAAUGAUGGCUACUGCCUUUAUGGGAUAUGUUCUUCCUUGGGGGCAAAUGAGUUUUUGGGGAGCAACAGUUAUAACCCAGCUUUUCUCAGCAAUACCAAUUGUAGGUAACAAAAUAGUUAUAUGGUUAUGGGGCGGAUUUUCUGUUGAGAACCCUACGCUUAAUCGCUUUUUUGCACUGCAUUAUUUAUUGCCAUUUAUUAUAAUUGCUCUAGCAAUGCUACAUGUUAUUGCCCUGCAUAGAUUUGGCUCUGGCAAUCCAAGUGGAGUAGAAAUAAAAUCGAGCAAGGAUACCAUUCCUCUCUACCCUUACUAUAUUGUUAAAGAUUGCAUAACUUUUGGCUUGUUCCUUAUAGUUUUGUUUGCUUUUGUUUUUUAUGCUCCUAAUUACCUUGGGCACUCUGAUAAUUACAUAGAGGCUGAUCCUAUGACAACUCCAAUGCACAUAGUGCCAGAGUGGUACUUUCUGCCUUUUUAUGCAAUGCUCCGUUCGAUUCCAAAUAAGUUAAUAGGAGUAGUAACCAUGUUUGCUUCUAUUUUUGUUUGGUUUUUACUGCCAUGGCUUGAUAAAUCAAAAGUGAGGAGUGGUGCCUAUCGUCCGGUAUUUAAAGUAUUUUUCUGGAUUUUUGCAGUCAACUUUUUUCUCCUUGGUUGGCUUGGAGGACAAGAAGUAAAGGAACCUUAUAUUACGCUCAGCAGGUUCUCUACUCUCUAUUAUUUUACGUAUUUUGCAAUUAUCCUACCAUUGCUUAGCAAGUAUGAAAAACCAAAAAUGUUACCAAAAACCUUAAGUGAUACUGUGUCGGAGAUGAAGUAA